GAAAGUAGUGACAUUCAGGCCAUGCACCGGAGACACACUACCCUCCGUGAGAAAGGGAGAAGACAGGCCAUCCGAGGUCCAGCCUAUAUGUUCAAUGAGAGGGGUAAAAGCUUGACGCCUGAAGAAGAACGCUUCCUGGACGCAGCAGAAUAUGGGAAUAUACCAGUGGUACGUAAAAUGCUGGAGGAGUCAAAGACUUUGAAUUUCAACUGUGUUGAUUACAUGGGGCAGAAUGCUUUGCAACUUGCGGUGGGAAACGAACAUUUAGAGGUGACCGAACUCCUAUUAAAAAAAGAAAACCUUGCGCGGAUUGGUGAUGGACUUCUUCUGGCAAUUAGCAAAGGUUACGUGAGGAUAGUCGAAGCAAUUUUAAAUCAUUCGGCUUUUGCACAGGGACAUCGACUGGCCAUCAGCCCCCUUGAACAGGAACUUCGUGACGACGAUUUCUACGCUUACGACGAAGACGGCACGCGUUUCUCCCAAGACAUCACACCCGUGAUUCUCGCUUCUCAUUGCCAGGAAUACGAGAUUGUACAUAUACUGCUACUGAGGGGCGCACGGAUUGAGAAGCCGCACGACUAUUUUUGCAAGUGUAGUGAAUGUGUCGAGAAACAGAAACGAGAUUCUUUUAGCCAUUCCAGGUCCAGGAUGAAUGCAUACAAGGGAUUAGCAAGUGCCGCCCAUUUGUCUCUGUCCAGUGAAGACCCAGUCCAUACGUCUUUGGAGCUAAGUAAUGAACUGGCUCGGUUAGCCAAUAUAGAAACAGAGUUUAAGAACGACUACAGGAAGUUAUCUAUGCAAUGCAAGGACUUUUCUGUCGGCGUACUGGACCUAUGCCGGGACACAGAGGAGGUGGAGGCCAUUCUAAACGGAGAUGUGGAUUCCCAGCCUCAGGGAGAUCAUCACAGGCCUUCUCUCAGCAGAGUGCAACUUGCUAUUAAGUAUGAAGUUAAGAAGUUUGUUGCUCAUCCGAACUGCCAGCAGCAAUUGCUUACAAUUUGGUAUGAAAAUCUCUCAGGCUUACGUCAACAAUCUAUCGGAAUGAAGUGCCUGGCUGUAUUUGGUGUCACCCUAGGACUCCCAUUUCUUGCCAUCGGAUACUGGUUUGCUCCAUGCAGCAAGCUGGGACAAAUUUUAAGAAGUCCUUUUAUGAAGUUUGUAGCACAUGCAGUAUCAUUCACCAUCUUUCUAGGACUUCUGGUGUUAAAUGCAUCGGACAGAUUUGAAGGUGUAAAGAAUUUGCCCAAUGAAACUGACACAGACAACCCGAGACAGGUCUUCAGGGUGAAAACGACGAGAUUUACCUGGACUGAAUUGUUAAUAAUGAAGUGGAUUCUAGGGAUGAUAUGGACAGAAUGCAAAGAAAUAUGGGCAGAAGGACCCAAAGAGUACGUCAUGCACCUGUGGAACAUUUUAGACUUUGGGAUGUUGUCCAUCUUUGUUGCCUCGUUCACUGCAAGGUUUAUGGCAUUUCUGAAGGCCACUGAGGCUCAACGCUACGUGGAUUUGCGCAUAAGCGCCAGCGAUCUCUCCAAGGUAUUGCUGCCUCCAGAAGUUGCCUACUUCACUUAUGCUAGGAAUAAAUGGGUUCCAUCUGAUCCACAAAUCAUAUCUGAAGGACUUUAUGCAAUUGCUGUGGUGUUAAGUUUCUCCCGGAUUGCUUACAUUCUACCAGCGAAUGAAAGCUUUGGUCCUCUGCAGAUCUCCCUGGGAAGGACAGUGAAAGACAUUUUCAAGUUCAUGGUUAUAUUCAUCAUGGUCUUUGUUGCUUUCAUGAUUGGAAUGUUCAACCUUUAUUCCUACUAUUUAGGCGCAAAGUAUAACCCAGCCUUUACAACUGUUGAGGAGAGUUUCAAAACGUUAUUCUGGUCAAUAUUUGGCUUGUCAGAGGUGAUAUCCGUUGUCCUCAAAUACGACCACAAGUUCAUUGAGAACAUAGGGUACAUUCUCUAUGGAGUGUACAAUGUUAUGAUGGUGGUGGUGUUACUCAAUAUGCUGAUAGCUAUGAUCAAUAGCUCAUAUCAAGAAAUUGAGGAGGACGCAGAUGUUGAGUGGAAAUUUGCUCGCGCUAAGCUCUGGCUCUCUUACUUUGAUGAAGGAAGAACUCUGCCCGCUCCAUUUAACCUUGUGCCAAGCCCAAAGUCAGUUUACUACUUAAUGUUAAAAAUUAAAAUCUGCCUUAUUCAUUUGUGCAAAUCCAAUGUGCAAAAAUCAGAAGCCGACCUUGAAAUGGGUAUGCUGAAUUCCAAGCCAGGUCAACAUUAUCAAUCGAACCCUGGACAUGCCGAGGGACGUGGUCUGAAAAAGCCGAUCAGCAAUCCAACAAGAUAUCAGAGAAUUAUGAAGCGGUUAAUAAAGCGAUAUGUGCUGAAAGCACAGGUUGAUAGAGAAAAUGAUGAAGUUAAUGAAGGAGAACUUAAGGAGAUCAAACAGGACAUUUCUAGUCUUCGCUACGAACUCCUGGAGGAAAAGUCGCAAGCAACAGGAGAGCUAGCACAGCUCAUUCAGCAACUAGGUGACAAAUUUGGCAAAAACAUGAAAAAUAAUUGAAAUUAAUGGAACGUCUAUUGCAGUGCACUUUGAAAGAAAUGGGAUCUUUGGUCAAAAGGAAUUGUCAGAGACAAGGCAACAAAGUGGGUCAAUUUGUACGUUGGUAUUUUUGAAACCAGUUUAUUUAGCUGUGCCCAAUUAGAUCGCCUCCU